AUGGCCAUCGUGGAAACUUUAGCAAUUCUCGUUCCUUUUGCUUCUCUCCAUGACUGCGAAGCGUCUGUGGACCAAGCUGUCAUGCAGUACAACCCCAAGUUCUCAGUCGAACUAUCCUUCUAUUCCGGGAAAUCAUUUUCCAGCGGUCAUCCGGUUGUUCAUGAUGACCCACUGAUUCUGGUUGCAGAAGACACAGCCCCGGAAACUGGCCAUGGUCUGAUUGUUCCAGCUGUUUGUGUUUCCUUCAUCUCGACGUCUGUCAAAACGCUGCAAGCACAAUUAUGGAUGGUGGAUUUGCCCUCAAGUCGGGCAUAUCUCUGA